UUUUACUAAAAAAAAAAAUUGAUAGAGUAAUUAGUUUGAAAGUCAAAUAUAUAAAAUGAAAAAAAAAAUUUCAAUUUUCUAAAAACAAAUUAGACUCAUUUAAAUAUAAAUAGUCUAAAAAGAGAAAAACUGGAAUACAUGUCAAUUUUGGAUAAAUUUUAAAAAUAAAUUAUAUAAUAAUUGCCUCGUAAUUAUAUGAUAGUUUCUGUUGUGCAGAGGAAAUAGGAACAGAGAUCGUGAGAGUCGUUCCACAGCAAACACGUUUACUGCCACGUGGCAGACCAAAUGUGCCACGUGUGGAACUGCAUGCAAUUUCACUUUCGAGCUUUAAAACCCCACAACUAAACAAAACGUACUAAAGCCAGCCCAUAGUGAUCAGUGUGUGUGUGUGAAGAGAGAGAGAAAAUGAAAGGCGUGAACAUGUCAACCCAUAGAGAGAUACCAGGCGAGGCCACUCACACCGGCACGGCCCUCCUCGAGACCGCCACAGCCACCAUCCAAGGCUUCGAACCCGUCAACAAAAUCCACCAACACCUCUGCGCAUUUCAUUUUUAUGCGCAUGACAUGACACGGCAAGUGGAGGCUCACCACUUCUGUGGGCACCAGAAUGAGGAAAUGAGGCAGUGUCUCAUAUACGACAGCCCCGAAGCCGAUGCCCGGCUCAUCGGUCUGGAGUACAUUGUGUCCGAGGACUUGUUUUUGACGCUGCCGGACGCGGAGAAGUGCAUGUGGCACUCCCACGAGUACGAGGUGAAGAGUGGGAGGCUGUUCAUGCCGGGCAUUCCCGGCGCGAUCCAGCGCAAGGAUAUGGAGAAGGUUUGCAAGACUUAUGGCAAAGUGUUCCACUUCUGGCAGGUUGAUAAGGGUGACAAUCUCCCUCUUGGGUUGCCACAAGUGAUGAUGGCUCUCACUAGGGAUGGCCAGGUUUAUGAGCACCUUGCGGAGGAUCUGGAGAAGCGUUACAAUAUAUCGAUGGAGGAGGAGAGAAAGAACCGGGUGCACAUGACAGGGCCAGCGCAUGGUAUACAUCCACUGGCGAAUGGUGGUGGCAAAGGACUGAAGACAGUGCUGAGGGAGGUGGACUGCAAGCCAGUUGAUUCUGUUCCAAGGGUCUUUGUUUGA